CGAAAUCUCGCGAGAUCUCCGCCCGCCGCCGUUGCUGUGGGGACGGGAAGAACCCGGAAGUCUCGCGCGAGCGGCGGCGCAGGGCGCUGAGGAGGCCCCGGCCCCGCUCCCCGCCGCGGCCUGCAGCCUGCAGCCGGGCCCGCUCCGCCGCCAUGGAGGCGAACGCGCCGAAGCGGAAGGAGCCGCGCAAGGCGCUGCGGAUCAAAGUCAUCUCCAUGGGCAACGCGGAGGUGGGCAAGAGCUGCAUUAUAAAGCGCUACUGCGAGAAGAGGUUCGUUCCCAAAUACCUGGCGACCAUCGGCAUCGACUACGGCGUCACAAAAGUGCAGAUCAGGGACCGAGAGAUCAAAGUGAACAUCUUUGACAUGGCGGGGCACCCGUUCUUCUACGAGGUGAGGAACGAGUUUUACAAGGACACGCAGGGAGUCAUCCUGGUCUACGACGUCGGCCAAAAAGAGUCGUUCGACGCGCUGGACGCGUGGCUGGCCGAGAUGAAGCAGGAGCUGGGCCCUCACGGGAACAUGGACAACGUCGUCUUCGUUGUCUGUGCAAACAAGAUUGACUGCACCAAGCACCGCAGCGUGGAUGAAAGCGAGGGGCGGCUCUGGGCAGAGAGCCGGGGCUUUCUUUACUUCGAGACGUCGGCGCAAACGGGAGAGGGAAUCAACGAGAUGUUCCAGGCUUUCUACUCUGCCAUCAUCGACCUGUGCGACAACGGCGGGAGGCGCCCCCCCUCCAGCAUGGGGGUCGGCUUCACCAAAGAGCAGGCAGACGCCAUUCGUAGGAUCCGCAACAGCAAGGACAGCUGGGACAUGCUGGGUGUCAAGCCUGGAGCCACCAGGGACGAGGUGAACAAAGCCUACAGGAAGCUGGCCGUGCUGCUCCACCCCGACAAGUGCGUGGCUCCCGGCAGCGAAGACGCCUUCAAAGCCGUGGUGAACGCCCGGACUGCGCUCCUCAAAAACAUCAAGUAGGGAGCAGAGCCCCUCGGAGCUGGAAACCUUCCCCUCCUCCUCCCGGACAGAGGCACUCCCAGCACCGACCAGGGGAGCAAGACCCCAGCGUGCUCGCGAUGUGUUGCAAAGGGCGCCGAUGGCAAUGUGAGGAAGAGGGGGGGGGUUUGCUCGAGGAAACCUCUGCUGCUGCGGGAAGGAACUGGCUCCAGGGAGUGUCCAGUUCCUCCCCAAACUGUUGUGGUGCCAAGGAAGGUCCCUUUGGCAGGAUGAGGGCUCUCCCCCUGGCACUCACCUCCUCAUCACGGCACCUCCCUCCCUCUCCCUGAGCUAAACUUGUCAGGGAGAGCCCCAAAGGCUGCAGUCCCUCACGCCACGCGCUCCCUCUCUCCUUCCCCCGAUGGGAACGCGUUAGGCAUGGCUGGGUAAGACAGCCCCCCCCCCAAAAAAUGCAGCCCCCCCCACUCCCUUUUGGCAUUCAUUGCUGGUCACCCCAAAAAGUGCUUGUAGGGGCUUGGGAUCUGCCUAUUGGGAUUCUGAGGGAGGUGAUGGCCGCGACGGCUGCCGGGCUGAAAUGGGAGAUCCCUUGGGGUCCCGUGGUUUUGGCAGGACCCCGUUUUAUUUCCUUGCUGCUGUGUGAGGUUGGCAGGGAAGGCCAGGACACCGAGCUAUGAAACAAAAGCCACCGAGAGUGUG